AUGGGGAAUAAUAUGGUGGGGUUCAGGUUUCGUCCGACGGACGUGGAGCUCGUGGAACAUUACCUCCGUCCGAAAAAUAACGGCGGCGGUUCCACCACGAGCAGCCAAGUCGAUCAAGUCAUUAACACUGUCGAUAUCUGCAACCUUGAUCCUUGGGAAUUGCCUCCGCUGUCGAGGAUCGCGUCGAGUGAUCAGGUUUGGUAUUUCUUCGGACGCAAGGAAAGCAGAUACAACAGAGGUGAGCGACAGAAGAGGAAAACCAAGUCUGGUUACUGGAAGAAAACCGGUAAUACCUUGCCCAUCACGCGAAAGAGAGGUAACCACGAAACAAUCGGUGAGAAAAGGGUUUUGAUGUUUUACAUGAGCGGUUCCAGAUCCAACUGGGUUAUGCACGAGUAUCACGCUUCUUGCCUCUCUCCUAAUGACAGCGGUGUAUAUACAAUCUGCAAAGUACAGUUUAAGGGUGAAGCGAGUGAGAUCUCUUCUUCUUCCGUUGUCGACCAUGUUGUGCACAGUCACUCUUUACCCACUCCUAUGAACAAUCCUGGAGGAUCUGAGGGAUUAGAGAAUUCAAGUAGUGUUCUUGAUAAUCAGCAAGCAAUGCAGUUUGAAGCUGAAACUCAGAUGGCUUUCGACAUUCUGCCAAGCUAUGAUUGGAAAAGCUUGCUUGAUGAUGAUGAUGCUGAUGAACAGAAUAAGACUGCUUCUAUGCCAAGUCAACGACCAGUGUCUUCAUUGGUCACAUAUAGCAGUGAUGAUGAUUAGUGAUUCUGACUAUCUCCCUUGAUCAAGAAGAAAUGAGCUGUUUUUGUAUUAUAUGAUAGAUUAAGUUAAGAAAAUUCACCAAUGUUCAGUUACAUGAUUUUGUAUAAGUUAUGUCUAGGCUUGUUCUGUUACAUG